CAGGCAGGCCGGGAAGGGAGAGGGAAUAGGGUCAGCCUCCAGGGGUGGAACAGAGCAGGGGCUUCUGGGAAACGGGAAGUCGAGAGCAACUUCUGUCCCCUGCUCCGGCAACACUUCCAAAGAUUUGAGCAGCUUCGCGCAUUAGCCGGCCAGAGAGGAACUUGCUCACGGACUAAGUGAACGGGUUGUCUGGGGCUCACCACUGGAGCACUGGGAGGAACCUCUCUGACCUCUAAAGCUCCCAGGAAUUCCCUGGGGAGAACUCAUCUGACUAGAAAGGAACCCACAGUGUCCUGGAGAUCAGGAAAAACUGAGGCCAAAGAGCUGUGGAUUUCCAGUUACAAAGGGAGGCAGAACCCCCAUUUUCCCCAGAGCGAUUUGCUGCCAGCAGCUCCCAGUCCAGGGCUGGGCCCUCUCAGGAAGCCUGAUGCAAGGUUUCUCUUUGUGGACUUUGUGCUCAGGAGGAGGGCAGGAGUACUCAGCAGAACUUUCUAAGCCCUUGGGGAAAGGAGAAAGAGACAAGCAGAGAUUUGCUGCUCAGAGUCUACUUGGAGGACAGGAGCAAAGGGCUAGUGUGUGUCUGCCUCAGGGCACCUGUGGGGGGGGGGAGGUGAGGCCCUCUGAUCCUGACUGAAGCAAGUGGGCUGAGUGGAAAUACCCAGGCAUUAGUUAGGGAUCACUUUGGAGGUCCUGAAGGUCUCAUCCUCCUGCUCUGGCCUCAUGCUGGGUGUUCCAGGAGGAUGGCUCCCUCCCAGACAAGCUUCUCACCCCCAGGUAUCUGCUUUCUAAUUACUUCCCAGAGUUGUCCCCAUCUCCACAAUUACCCUGGUCACACAGACUGUCCAGAGGGAUCCAGGAGUCCUGUUUCUUCCAGGGUUCCAGCUCUCAGAUUCCAUUUUCCAGCCUCCAGAUCUGCCUCCACCCUGUCAGUUCCAUCUUCUUACCCACAAACCCACCUUGGGGGAAGGAACCCAAACUCUUUCCUGGGCUUGUGUCCUUGACAUUUAGCUCCCUGUCUCCAGUUUCCCUUUAGGGACUGAAAGCCUAAACUCUUCCAGAAGCUCCCCAGAGUGCUCUGCACUACUAGUUCGACCUCGGUUCCCAGUCUUCCUACUUUUCUAAGGGCUCAGCUCCUGUCCUGGAAGAGGAAGGAAAGGCAUCUUCGCCCCUUCUGGGAUCCUGCUCCUUCCUAGCUCAGUCUGCUGAGGACCAAGGUCUGGCCCAAGAAGAGGCAGAGAGAAUGGCCCCUGGGAAGCCCAGAACCUCCUCCCUGGAAUUGGUGACCUUCAAGGAUGUGGCUGUGGACUUCACCCGGGAGGAAUGGAGCCUCUUAGAUGAUCCUCAGAAGUUGUUGUACAAGGAGGUCAUGCUGGAGAAUGCCCACAACCUGCUCUCCGUCGGGCUUCCAGUUCCCAGAGAAGAUUGGAUGUCUUCUUUUGAGCAGGGAGAAGCACCAUGGAUGCUGGCAGAAGAAGGCCCAGGAGAGGACAGACCUGAAAUGAAAAAGGCUUCUACAAAGAUAGCUCUUUCUGUGGAAGGACUUCAGACUGUAGAGAAAGCACAUGAGUAUCCUGAGUGUGGUAAAACUUUUAGUGAGAAUUCAUCCACACCGAGGAUCCACACAGGAGAAAAACAUUAUAAAAAUAAUGAGUGGGAAAAGUCUUUCCUGCAGAAUGGCAAUCUUUCUCAUCUUCAGAGAAUCCACAGUAAGGAGAAAGCUUUUCAGGGCAGAAAAGGAUUCACACUGAGGUCCAAUCUUACUAGACAUCAGAGAACCCACUCUGGAGAAAAAUCUUAUGAAUGUAAUCUGUGUGGAAAGGUAUUCACACGAAGCUCCUAUCUUUGUAUACACCAGAGAAUCCAUACUGGGGAGAAACCUUAUGAAUGUAAUCAAUGUGGAAAAGCAUUCAGAAAUAGCUCCACUCUUAUUAUACAUCAGAGAAUCCACACUGGGGAGAAACCUUAUGAAUGUAAUCAUUGUGGAAAGGCAUUCAAAGAGAGCUCCAGUCUUGCUCAACAUCAGAGAAUCCACACUGGAGAAAAACCUUAUAAAUGUAAUCACUGUGAAAAAACCUUUAGACAAAGUUCCUAUCUUUGUAUACACCAGAGAAUCCACUCUGGGGAGAAACCGUAUGAAUGCAGUCAAUGUGGAAAAACAUUCACAGGAAGCUCCUGCCUUGCACAACAUCAGAAAAUCCACACUGGGGAGAAACCUUAUGAAUGUAAUCAGUGUGGAAAGGCAUUCAGAUACAGCUUUAAUCUUAUUAUACAUCAGAGAAUUCACACUGGGGAGAAACCAUAUGAAUGUAAUCAGUGUGGAAAGGCAUUCAAAGAGAAAUCCAGUCUUGCUAAACAUCAGAAAAUCCACACUGGGGAGAAACCUUAUAAAUGUAAUCAGUGUGGAAAGGCAUUCACAGAUAGUUCCAGUCUUGCUAAACAUCAGAGAAUCCACACUGGGGAGAAACCCUAUGAAUGUAAUCAAUGUGGAAAGACAUUCAGAAUCAGCUCCAAACGUACUAUACAUCAGAGAAUCCACACUGGGGAGAGACCUUAUGAAUGUAAUCAAUGUGGAAAGGCAUUUACAGUGAGCUCUGGUCUUGCUAAGCAUCAAAGAAUCCACACUGGGGAAAAACCUUAUAAAUGUAAUCAGUGUGGAAAGGCAUUCACACAGAGCUCCAAUCUUGCUAAACAUCAGAGAAUCCACUCUGGGGAGAAACCUUAUGUAUGUAAUCAAUGUGGAAAGGCAUUCACAUACAGCUAUGAUCUUAUUAUACAUCAGAGAAUCCACACUGGAGAAAAACCUUAUCAAUGUAAUCAAUGUGGGAAGACAUUCACAGGAAGCUCCUAUCUUGCACAACAUCAGAGAAUUCACACUGGGGAGAAAUCUUAUGAAUGUGACCAAUGUGGAAAGGCAUACGUAAAUAGCUCCAGUCUUGCUAAACACCAGAGAAUUCACACAGGGGCAAAACCUUAUGAAUGUAAUCAAUGUGGAAAGGCAUUCAGAUACAGCUUCAAUUUUAUUAUACAUCAGAGAAUCCACACUGGGGAGAAACCUUAUGAAUGUAAUCAGUGUGGAAAGGCAUUCACAGGUAGUUCCAGUCUUGCUAAACAUCAGAGAAUCCACUCUGGGGAGAAACCUUAUGAAGGAAAGCAACUUUUGUCAGGGUUUCCCCUAAUGGACUUGGGUUGGAGCAGAAUCAGCCUGCAAUGAUUCAACCACUAUUCAACAGGGAAGUACCUGAAAUAGGCUGCAAUGAGGAUGAAGUGACCCUAAGAUAACAUAUACCUUUUACUCUGCAAGACAUGAAUGAAUUGACAUGAAAUAUAUGAAGAAGACCCCUUUGUGGUAAUGAAAAAGAUGGCUGACUUUUUUUUUUUCAGUAUAAUCUGUCUUAUAAAGACGUUGAAAAUCUACUCUAGGCUUUCCUAAAGGAAUGUGAGAAAAAUAAAAUAAUUUGAUGGGACUAUAACAACUCUGAAGAUUAUUUAUAAUUAUCUCAUUGUAGGGAGUCCAUUUUAACUGCAAUGAGAGAGUGCUCUGAAAACAUAGAUAAAUGGACAGAAUUUGAAAAACUUUAGCAAAAAGAUGGUGAGACACCCUCCAGAUUCAUGAAUAGGCACAUUGAGUUUGGGGGUUGGUACCUGGAUUUUGAUCAUUCUAAAGCAAAUUACAUAAGCCAAAUUAGAAGACACUUUGUCAAUAACUCUUGCAAAGUGAUCAGGGAUUAUUUUGGAACUCAUUGCCCAAGGUGGCCUGAGAUGGAUCUUGAUGAAUUGAGAAAAAAACUGCUGUUUAUGUUUCAAAAGGCAACAAAGAAAGAGGAAGAGACUAAUGAUUUCAUGGAGACAGGGAAAAAAAGUGAAAUAUUUAAAAAAUAGGAUUGGUAAACAGAAAAAAGGGCAUGAUACUCAACCAAUGGCCCUUGGUCCCUCUCCAAGAAUCUAACUAUUGAUCCUUUACCUACCACUUCUCUGAGAAGGAGGGCCACAAAAUGAGGGAAUGUAGAAAUUUAUUCAAGGCAGUCAAAAAUAAUAUGCAGUUUAAUAACUGCAGAAAUAACUAUAGAAAUGACUAGAAUAAUGAUCAUAGGAAUCACAACUUCAGGACUGAUAGAAAUAACUAUAAUGACUAUAGGAAUAAAACUUUUAGAAAUGAAAAUUGUAAGAGUAGAAAUUGUAAAAAUGAUAACUCACACCAACUAACCCCUCAACAGUAUAACUUACGUAGAACUCGUCCAAAAGAUACUGCCUGUCCACAUGGGGCAGAAGGUGGUAUCUCACUCUAAUGUUUUUGCAAAUAUUAACCCUUUUCAGUUUUGUCUCCCACAUAGUAACAAAGAAGAUAGAAGAAGAAAUGGAUUUUUGAACACAGUACCUCUGUGAUUGUACAAUAGAAUAAGCUAAGAUAUCUAUGAAAACCUGCCAUUUAUUGAUAAAUGUUAUGUGACUAUGAUUAAUGAUUAUGUCUGAUUCUAGGAAAUAGGAUCAAAGAAGGAGUACAGACUUUAUCUAUACAGUACCAUAGAUGCAUGGACAUAACCUGAAUAGUGCCAAAGAGCACACAGGUCAAAAAAGAAACCAAUCCAAGUGGGAUUGAUGAACUUCUAUGCCAAUACAAAACAACUUGAACCUAGCGUGCUAGUGUGAUACUCGAGAUUGUAGCACUUGACAUAUGUUAAGACACAGGACUCCUUGAACCACACUCCUUGUGAAAUAAUUUCUAUGAAAGUACCUAACAAUUGGCUCUUCUGGCUCCCCUAUCCCUGAGAAAUGAUAAAAGAUCAGACCAGGGAAUGACACUUCCCUUUUACACAAAAAUCUAUUCCUUUUUUCUCUCUUAUAGUAUGGAAACUUCCUGUAGCCCUGGCUUAUAAUGGGUUAAUACAAUAUUACUGCAUUUUUUUCCUACAUAAUUGUGGGAGAGAAAUUUACUUUAAUUGAACCCUAAUACAAGGGUCUGUUAUGAAUUUAUUCUUGUUGUAUUCAGAAUUUUUAUGUACAUAGUUUUUUAUACUUUGAUGUUGAAUUUUUUAUUUCUCCCAAAGUUAAUUUUUCUUUUAUUCAUGUUUCUUUUUAUGUUUCUUGUUUUUCUUCUGAUAAUUGACUCAUACACCCCAUAACUCAGUCACUUUUGAGUUGAUCCAGAUGUUGGUGAACAACCUCUUCAGGGAGAAUUACAUUAUAUUUUUAUUUAAAAAAAAAACAAACAAACCCAAGAUUUAAAAUUUUAUUUGAGAAAAAUUUCAGGAAAAGAAGCUUGCUAACUCCUUGAAUCCGGAGAAUGAACUGUUUGGAGAGAGAUACCUGCAGAAACCUACACUGCAUCAAGAAGAUCCAGAAUGAAAUUUGGGUACAAUUGAUUGAACUGAAGGGGGUUGAACAUUUAUUGUAAAUGUACACUUUUAUGCCAAAGGGGACUGCCCCCUAAUUUGCUUUUUCUCAAUGUGCCUAUCAAAAUACUGGUUUUGCUUUCUCUCUCUUCCAUUUCUUGCUUAUCUCUAACUAUUCUAGUUUCCUCUUAGAAGGUGAAAUAUUAUAUACAUCUGUAGUUAGAAAUUUUUAGGGGUACAAGAUGAUUAUGUUAAAUGAUCAAUGGGGAGAGUAGUUUGAUCAUCAGGGGGGUUGUGAAGAUUAAAAUUAACUAUCCCCUGAUUGUGAAGAUUAAAGUUGUAACCCUUGCCUAUUUUUAGAUUUAAUCACCAAAAGUGUAAAUACCCUACUUAAAAUUUGAGUGUGGAGAUCUGCCCACUUUUAGAUCUAAUCACCAAAACUGAUUAAUCAUUAAGUGGGAGGUCUGUUGCCCACGUGUGCAAUAGUGGGUGACAAAUAAGAAUUAAACUAACUGCCCCUGGACAGUCUUAAAGCAAAGCUUCAACUGUGAAGAUUGGUAGAUGUGAAAUUAGGGGAAGACAUGGGAAGUGAUGCAAAAGAAGAGUCUUUAAAGGGAGCUAUCACUUCCUGUGAGGGACAGUUCUUCAUUUUUUGGAAGUGGAGACUGGAAACAUUUUUUCAUUCUUUGGAGUUGUAAACCUUAAAAUUUCUUAGACUUAUGAAUGUUGGAAAUUUCCCCAUUGGGAAAUUUCAUACUUAAAAAAAUCUACUGAUAGUAAGAACUCUAUUGGAAUAUGAAACUCCUUGGCAUGGGAGGAUCCUUCUCCUCCCUACUUAGGACUACUUUAGGACAGAAACCUUUUGCUAAACAAUGGAAAGGGCUUUGACCUAUGCUUAAGCAUAGAACAGGAAGUUGUUUGAGUCAUGAUUGAUUUUAGAAUUGCUACAAUAGAGAUACUUGGAAUGACAGAACCAGGUCUUGGAAACUACAAUCUCCACCCUACUCAGAGUAACAGGAUUUAGGAAGGGCUGCAGCAAAGAUCAAGAUUUAAUUUUUUGAGAAUAUGACCUUCAACAGACAUGUUCAAAGGGGGCAGACCUCUGGGCGGUCCUGGGUUAAGCUAGAGCCACCAUUGGCACAGGGGAGACAUUGACAGUGAUUGGUAGAUGUGAGAACUGAGGGGAGGGAACUUAGAUUGUUUGCUUAAAGAUAGUGGUGUAGGAUGAAGAGGUUUUUGCUCUGAAGGAGGUCAGAGAGGAGAGGUCCUGGAGGAAGAGUUCCUGGAGAGUUUUUUUAUGCUCUGAAGAAGCUCUGAGAGGAGAGAGGUCCUGGAGGGAGAGCUCCAGGAGAGGUCUUGAAGGAGGCUGUGGAAGGAAAAAUCAGGAGGAGUCAGGAGGAGAAUUCUCUGGAAACAUUUCUUGAAAGGAGGCUCUCUUGAAGGUGGAGCCUGAGGUUAACAUAAGAAGCCUUACCUAGAGAGAUCUUGGGGUGAGUGAUAAAACCAACUGACUGAUUUAUCUCUUAGGACUGAGGUCUAGGCCUUAUUGGCUUGAGGCCCUUCAUUCUCAUUCCUUUCUUACUUUCUCUCUUUUUCUAUUGAUUAAUCAGUGUAUUAUAAAUUAAAUUUCUCUAUAAAACCCA